AUGUUUUUGAGAGGAGAUAAGACAUGGAAAGAAGAAGAGAAUGAAAAAGCUAAUCUUGACACCAUAUUCAUUGAGCUGAUGCAAGACUGCAAGUACAACCCGCCCGGCGCUCGUCUCUCUGCCAAGGUGCGAACCACUCUCGAGAGGCUGUCACCUGCAGAGCGUCGUGAGCUGGUGAUAAGAACACGCGAUGGCUGUGCUCCUCUAUUUGUAGCGGCGCGACGCAGCAACGUCGAGGUCGUUGAAUAUUUGGUGCACGUGUGUGGCGCUCCGCUGGAGCAGCGUGGCAUUUACGAGAUGCCGGACGAGCGCAGUGCCCACCUUGUCACACCCCUCUGGUGCGCCGCCGUGUCUGGCAGACUGCCAGUGCUCCGAGCGCUCGCCGACGCCGGAGCAGAUAUUAACGCGGCGUCCGACUCGGGAUCAACACCUGUCCGUUCAGCCUGCUUUAUGACACACAUUGAAGUUGUGAAGUUCCUCGUGGAACGGGGCGCCGACAUCCACCGGCCGAACCAUGACGGAGGCACUUGCCUCAUAAACUCAGUGCAGUCGACGCCGCUCUGCGCCUUCCUGCUGAGUCACGGCGCCGAGGUGAACGCGCGCGACAUGCAGCGCAAGACCGCUCUGCACUACGCUAUACAGGAGCAUCGCCGCGGUACUGUCCAGUUGCUUCUACAGCACGGCGCUUCUCCGCUGCUGGCGUCGCGCGCCGGCGACGAUGCGCUGCGCACAGCUUGCCUCAAGGGCGCCUCUCUAAUAGUUGACUCAUUGCUCGCCGCCGACCCUCCGUAUUACAACCUAGAGCGAGCCGCCGACGCCUACGAGCUUCUCGGUGCGACCGAGUUCGACGAGUUCAAUGACGUCGCAGGGGCACUGUCUUCGUGGCGCCAUGCGACCGCCAUCCGCCACCGCGGGACUGAGUACCUCGAAAAGAGACCAUGGGUGCCGGAGGAGGCCGCCGAAGAGUGCCGCUCUGCGGCAGAAAACGAGGCGCUGUGGGCCGCCGCGGGCUCGGCUCUCUGCGGCACGCGCGAGUGGCGCACCGCGGCCGAGCUCGACGCGGCCGCGACGGACGUGGACGCUCUACGCACGCAAGCGCUGCUGGUAGCGGCGCGCACGCUCGGCCCCGCGCACAAGGACUGUCUCUUCCGCCUGAUGUACCGUGGCGCCGCCUACGCCGACGCCGAUCGAUAUCGGCGGUGCGUCGACCUGUGGACGUGGGCACUUCACAUCCGUAUCUUUCGCGACUCUCUCCUCUCGACCGACACUUGUCACACGGCCAGCGCUCUAACGCGCCUCUUCCUCGACGCGGCCGACGGCAGGCUGGAGCGAGCCGGAGCUGACUUCCCGCCGCACAGCGACGUCUCUAAAGUGUUCACGCUUCUGGCGGAGGAACUGCCCGGCUGCAGGACGGCGUUGCGCGCGCGCCCUGUGCACAAGAAACAGGCCGAGACUUUCGAUCGCGCGCUACGUUGCGUAACCCAUCUGCUGCACUUGCUGCUCGCUACGGCGCGCGACGAGGAGCAGCGCGACGCCGUGGAGGCGGCCGCGCGGAGGCUCGUCUCAGCCGACCUGCGCAGCGCCCACACGGGGGACUCGGUCCUUCACCUGUGCGCGUCGCGCCUCAACGUAGUGCGGUCGACGUACUUUGCGGACGAGCUGGCGACGCCGCCCGUGUUCCCCUCGGUGGAGGUGGUGAAGCUGCUGCUGCGCGCCGGGGCUGACGCGCGGCUGCGCAACGAGGCGCGCUCCACGCCUUUGCACGUGGCCGCCAUCCCCUACAACUUCUCGACCGAACUAGUGGAAGCGCUGCUGGCGGGUGGCGCGCACCUCGACCAGCCCAACCGCUUCGGGGACUCGGCUGCCGAACUGCUGACACUCAGCGGGGACUCCCGCGUUCGUCCGCUUCUCUACACGUCACUUCGCUGCUUAGCCGCUCGCGCGCUGCUCGCCGCUGGCCCCUCCCGGGCGCCCUCCCGCACCGACUUGCCGCUCACCUUGCUGGACUUCCUCGAUCUACAUCGCUCCUGA